CACCUCUCAGUCCGUUCAGAGUGCGGUCAGACUUCAGCAGCUAAUGUUAAUGUUAGUGAGUGAUUAAACCCUUAUUGAAUUGAUUUGAAGCUUUUAAUUGUUUGGAAGGUUUAUCCGAUCAUGACUACUCACGAGUUUUUUGUUGAUAUGACAUGUGAGGGAUGUUCCGGUGCUGUCACCCGGGUUCUUAAUAAAACAGAUGUCAAGUUUGAUAUUGACCUUCCUAACAAGAAGGUCUUCAUUGAGUCAGACAAAGAUAAAGAUGUCCUACUGGAAACCUUGAAGAAGACUGGCAAAACAGUCACAUACAUUGGUCCAAAAUAAACAAGAUGUUGAAGAUUAACCUUCCUGUCUGUUUGGACCACCAUGUCGUAUUUGACGCUGAACUGAAGAUCCAUAGUCAUCGCUCAUUAACAGUUUAGAAGUGAAGUCGGGGUGUUACUUGGUGGACCUGGGGAACAAGCUCACAAAAUACAUCACUCUGUUUACCAUCAAAAUGAAGUCAUAAGCUGACCAGAACUCUCAUCGUGUGCAAAAUUGUUGUAAUAUAACUAACUGCUCUAUAUGUUGGUGCAUUAAAACUGUUCAUAGUGUUUACAUUCUCUGUUUGGCGGUUGCCUGAUCAUGCUUUAUUUCAUUUGCACAUCAUGACAAUAAAGACUUCUCUGCCUUGUUUAAAGGUU